AUGCCAUCCUCACUCCCAACAAUGAUACUCAAACAUCUGGCAGAUUUCAAGCCUCAAGCAGCGACUCGAGCAUGGGCCUCCAUACCUAAUCCCAAUAAUCUACCUCUGAUUGCGACUGCGACAUCGGAUAAAUCGGUACGAGUUUAUUCUCUGAGUAAUUUCACUUUACAUUCAAAGUUGGAGGGUGGUCAUGAGAGGAGUGUGAGAUCUGCGGCGUGGAAACCUGGUGUUAGGAAGGAUGGAGCUUUAACUCUUGCUACGGGGGGUUUUGAUACGAUGAUGACUAUUGCUACAGGGAGUUUUGAUGCGACGAUGGGGGUUUGGAGAAGAAAGGAGGAGCAGAAAAAUACAAUUGAGGAUGGACCUUUAGAGUUGGAGAUUGGCGCUGAUGGGAGGCCGAAUAAAGGUCCGUCGUUGAGAAGAGGUGGUGAUGAUGGUAGCGAUGAGGAUGAGGGUGAUGAUUGGGAGUUUUCAAUCGUGUUGGAAGGUCAUGAUUCGGAAAUUAAGCAUGUAGCUUAUUCUCCUAGUGGACAAUGGUUGGCUUCUUGUUCUAGAGAUAAGACGAUUUGGAUUUGGGAAGAGAUAGGUGAUGAGGGUGAAGAUGAAUUUGAGACAGUAGCUGUCUUGCAGGAUCAUACGGCAGAUGUUAAAUGUGUUUGUUGGAGAAAAGAUGAUGGUAAUGGAGAAGUUCUUGCCAGUGGUAGUUAUGAUGAUACGAUUUUAUUAUCCAAAGAAGAUGGUGAGGGAGACUGGGAGACGAUCGCAAAGUUAGAGGGUCAUGAUGGUACUGUGUGGAGUUUGGAUUGGGAGCCUGAUGUUUCGAUAAAGUCAGAUUCAAGCGAAGAAUCAUCAGUACCACCUACUCCACGACUUCUCUCCUCCUCUGCAGAUAUGACAGUUCGAAUCUGGUCAAAAAUGCCUACGCCACCUCCACAAAAUAAACCAUCUUACUUCAACGCAGGAAUUCCCAGCACAAUGCGACCUGGACCUGUGAACGAGACUUGGGAAUGUACCGCAACACUUCCAAAAGUACACGAUCUCCCAGUCUACAGCAUUAAUUGGAGUAAAUAUUCUGGUCGAAUAGUAUCUACAGGUGGUGAUGGCAGGGUAGCAAUCUACGAAGAACGUACCAAAGGAAGAAAUACUGUUGGUGGCACCAUCGAAAAGGAAUGGGUAGUUCUCACCGUUUUAGAGGGUGCUCAUGGACCUUAUGAGGUCAAUCAUGUUACUUGGUGUAUGAGAUACGAUAACGGCAAGAAGAAGCCAGACGAAGAAAUGAUUAUCACCACGGGUGAUGAUGGACUUACAAAGGCUUGGUUUAUCGAGGAGGACAUUGAGGAAAGCAAAGUAGAAGCAUAA